ACCAUCACUGCAUUGGGGUUAAUGGGUCUCUUUCUUUGAACCAUCUAGUAUAGAGAUAUUCGUUAGUUUAGUGGGAGCAAAGGAAAAAUUAAGUGUGGUUGUGACUUGACUUGUGAUCUCCUUCUUUUAUUAUUCAGUGCAUGGUCACUUGUUUUGUUGAACAUAUAUAAUUUCUGUAAUUAUUUGCUAAAAAGGGUAUAGUUUCUUUUUGUUCUUUUUUUUUUUUACUUUGUACAAGGUUUUGGUUUCAUCAUUCUAUGUCCUUUCGUUGUGCUGUGUUGUGAUCCCUGAAGUCUAAUCCAACACACUGAUUCAACCUUGGCCCUCACUGGAAAGCAGUGGUACUUAUUGCGUUAAAAGUUACCAAGUUGUGAUUUAGAAAUAUCAAGUAACUUUGCACUUUGCUCUAAAUUUUUCUUUUGGGAAUGGAUUUUUUUUAUGAUUGGUUUUUGGGUCUUGGGAGUUUCCUGAAGUGCCACAAGCAGACAAAGGCUGUUGUUACUGUAGACAAGUGAAGUCGAAUUUGAUGUGAAGGAAAAAAAAAGAGUAUUCUCUCACUCCAAAUCCACAUGCACAUGUCCCUGCUAUUCAUUCCCCUUUCUCAUCAUUUGCUGCAAAUUAUUUUAGACUCUCUUAUUUUUUUGUCCCAUUGGGAGGACUCUUACUCCUGGUCUUUUCAGUGAGAUAUCCAGGAAUGGUUAUUCCCCAAUUGCUUGUUUACAGGCCGUAUAGUGCAUAGCUUCUGCGGCGAAGUAGUUAUUUAUUUCCAUUGGUGAAUUUCUUGUGGAUGCAACAGUGUUUGAAUAUAAGAUGGGAGAAAGUGCCGCUUCCAAUCCUUCUUUGCAAGUGUCUGUUUCAUUUGGGAGAUUUGAGAACGAUUCCUUGUCUUGGGAGAGAUGGUCCUCUUUCUCUCCUAACAAGUACUUAGAAGAAGUUGAGAAGUGUGCCACACCUGGAUCAGUGGCUCAGAAAAAAGCCUACUUUGAAGCCCAUUACAAGAAGAUUGCUGCCCGGAAAGCCGAAUUGCUGGCUCAGGAGAAGCAGAAGGAGAAAGAUUCUUUCAGAUCAGAAGAUCAAGAUGAAAUAGAUCUGGGUGGCAACGCUGAUGCAGAACUUGAUAAAUCCGACACUCAAGGUUUCGAUGAAGGAGUUACACAAGAAACCAGUUCUGUUGGUGAGAUCCAUAGGACCCAUGUUAAUGAUUCUGAGGAGGAAGUUGCAGUUUCAAGAGAUUACGAAAGUUCGCUGGUUGAGAUGGAGAACAAGGAAGUGGAAAGUAGAUCAAAUAGUUCCUUCCAGAUGGAUGAACCUGAAGAUGUAUGCGUGAAACAUGAAGAAAGUCCUAACAUUGAAGCUGAAGAUGUGAAGGAAAUUUCCCACGUUGUGUACAAGGACACAGCAAAGGCUUCAGAAGUUGAAGCAAAACAUGUGAAAUUGGUUCAACCAAAGGAAUCUAAGGUUACCUCUGUGAACAAGGGCAGCAAUGCAGCCAAGACAAAGAAGAAACCAAUGCUACCUACUUCUAAGGCAUCCCAGAUUUCCACACCAAAAAGUUCAAAGCCUGCAUCAACUCCUGCCAAAACAGUAACACCUGCUUCUUCAACUAAGAAGGGAAGUUCGUCAUCUUUGUCUAGAAGGCAAAUUACUUCUAGUGGGGAGAGCAGAAAAUUUGCUAACAAACCUUUGCACAUGUCUCUGAGCUUGGCUCCAAGUAAUCCUGAGCGAGCUCCUCAAGCUACCAUGAGGAGAUCUUUAAUCAUGGAGAAAAUGGGAGAUAAGGACAUAGUCAAGCGAGCAUUUAAGACAUUCCAGAACAGCUUCAACCAGCCAAAAGCUUCUGAUGAAGACAAAUCUUCGAUAAAGAAGCAGGUUCCUUCAAGAGGGACCGUGUCAAAGGUUCCAACAUCUACGGCUUUGAGGAAAGAAAAUGGACGGCCAACUAAGGUUGAGAGUGCGGAUAAAAGUGGAAAUGCUGUACGAAGUACUUUUGGCCCAAAAAGUGCCAUCAGAGCAGAGAAAGGAAAAGAGUCUUCAAGAAAAAUAGAGGAAAAAUCUAAUGCAAAAGAAGUAGAAAGAACGCGUCUUCAAUCAAAAGUAAAGGAGGACAAAAAAGAGGAGGAGAUGAAAAGGUUAAAACAUAAUGUCAAAGGCACAUCCACACCAGCUUUUUACCGUGGUCAAAAAGUAGUAAAAAGUCGUCCAGAAAAGGUACAAGUUGUACAUUUUAUCCGAGAUAUGUACCCUACAUAAAUUGUAGUUUAUGUUUGUCCGCUGAAUGUUUCUUGAAUUCUUACCAUCAUUUUCUCUUUUGGGGGUAAUAACUGAUUAUUUCUUUUCUUUAUGUUUAAUAAUGUAAAGCAAUUUGUAAAACAGCUACUGUUGAUUGCAUUCUGUUUCUGGAGACACAACUGUAAAUUACUAAAUAAAGCUCAACUUUGUAGUGAAGUAAGCUGAAACUUGUGUUCCUCAAUUUUUAACUGGAGUCUGGUGAUUGUUGACAAGAAAGGGAGAUCUAUGUGACCUAGUUGUUUUGAUUUGCUGUAAGAAUGAACCUGUUUCUUGCCAAAUGAGCGAUCUGGUUGAUGGAGAUGAUAAUAGAAGUUCUUGUUUACAUUAUACAUUCUAACAGCAUUUCUAGGAUUACAGAAAGAUAUUUACUGACUGCGGAUUAUGUUAAACUAAAUGAGUUUUGAGGCAUGGUUUGUAUUUUACUUUAGAAUUUUUUUGCAGUGAUGUUAUGUAGUAGCGCGCCUUACUUUUGAGAGCUCUAUUAAUAAUACGAACGUGCUAUAUCAAUUAUUUAUACACAUCAUUAUGUACCAAGGAAAAAAAGAGGGUGGGGGAAUGCCAAAGACGAGAUUAAAGAAAGGCUUAUUCCAUUAACUGUUAUUUCUAAUUUCAGGGUGAUGCUAAAAGUAAAAGUUAGAAUCCUUGGUGACCCCACAAGUGAUAAAGGUGAAGAAGAAGGAGAAAAGAGGUUAAAUACACCAGUGUAUCAGGUAGACCUGUAUGUUCAGAGGAAAUGUUUGUGGAAACAGCUCAAUGCUGUGAUAUCCAUGUUUGGUAAGCAACAGUGGAGCAACAUCCUAGUUAAAUAGGAGCUUAUGAACAUUAUGAGGAGUAGGAGGAAGGAGUAGGCAUCAUUUAUUGAUGAUAAUUUUCUUCCUUGCAUCCCUCGUAGGCAUUGUGUUGAUUAGGAAAUAAUAUUGAUGUAUGUAAUGUAAGAAAUGCAAAUAUCUGUUGUCAUUGGUUGCAUUAUUA